ACACAUUGCCUGAUGCAACCCGAUAUCAAUUCAUGAGCGAGACUGCUCCCAUCUAAGACCCGGAAACACGUCGUACUGUAUCCACGUAACUCAAUCCGUCAGGCUGGUAUCAGAAGAGCGCAUCUAGAACGCUGUGAAAGCCGCUUUCGAGAUUACCCCUAGUCCAGAGUUCACCCGUCCCAUGAGUUUCUCGCUCUUCACAGUCGAAGCUGCACCUCAAGAAGCCUGAUCCUGGAACCAAAAACAAAAAAAGAACACCUUCUAAUCUCUCCACACUUCUAUCAUGGAGUCUGCGGUGGUUUCUCGGCUGAAAGUCAUUAUCGUCGGGGCUGGUAUUGCGGGAUUCUCAGCUGCGAUUUCUUGUCGUCGCGCAGGGCAUGAUGUGCAGAUCUACGAGCGCUCGGCCUUGAACAACGAGCUAGGUGCAGCCAUCCACGUCUGUCCGAACGCUUCUCGUGGUUUGCUUGCAUGGGGCCUGGACCCAGUCAGAGCGAGGUUUGUGACCUGUAAGAAAAGCUACAGAGCCCACGCAGCUUCACUGGAAAAGUUCCACACUAGUGAUGAGUCUUAUGUACCAUCAACUUUUGGUGCACCAUGGUUUUUUGCGCAUCGAGUCGAUCUACACGAGGAGCUCAAAAUACUCGCGACUCAGACCGAGGGCCAGGGGAAACCAGCGGUCGUUCACUUGAAGUCCGAAGUGUCGGAAUACGAACCAGAGGCUGGUCGUAUAACACUCACCGAUGGCACCACAGUAUCAGGUGAUCUCAUCAUUGCCGCAGAUGGCGUCCACACCAAAGCGGUUGAAGCCAUCCUCGGAGCCGCUAAUCCAGCUCUGCCAACAACAAACUAUAACUUUGCGUACCGGUUUCUGAUUUCCUCAAAGGAUAUUGCAUCCGAUCCCGAAACUGUGCAGUUUACUGAAGACGACGAUGGUACGAUAAAAUUCUUUAUUGGGAAAGACAACAGGUUGGUUUCGUAUCCGUGCCGAAACAACGAAGAACAUAACUUUGUGGCUAUUUUUCAUAGUGAUGAGAAUGUCGUACAUGAAGAUUGGCAAACGUCUGUCGACAAAUCCGUUCUGCUCCACCGAUACUCUGACUUCCAUCCCGCAGUACUUGCCGUGUUGGAGAAGGCAAACGACAUAAAACAAUGGCCACUCCUCUUCCGAGCCCCAAUUUCAACUUGGCACAAGGGGAAACUCGUUCUCAUAGGCGAUGCAGCUCAUCCAAUGCUACCUCAUCAAGGCCAAGGAGGCGCGCAAGCCAUUGAAGAUUCCGUGGUUCUCGGGAUCGCCCUCACAAACUGCACCCCAGAAGACCUUGAAUCCCGCCUCCAGCUCUUCGAGGAAGUGCGAAAGAACAGAGCAAGUGUCAUGCAGAUCUUCAGCAAUGCAGGUCAGGAUGAAGCAGAGAAGAUCCAUAAAGAUGCGGCGAAGUUCAUUCCAGCUGAGACUGUGCCGAAAACGCCUGAGGAUUUCUACAAGUUCAAUUUCGGGUACGAUGUUGUGAGAGACUCAAAGCAGGCGAUGGAGAGAUUGAAUCCUGGUUGGGAACUUCCAUCAACUUUCUUCGAAAAGGAGCCCGAAGCUGGCGUUUACCCAUAAAGCAAUGUGCAACAGGCUCCACUUGUACCUCAACUUCUUUCAUCACCUAAUGGAUUGUCGUUACUGCUCAUCUUUCCGUGUCCUCAGAUUUUUUGAGAACAAGAUAGCUUAGGGUCUUAAUCCAUUCUUCUCUACUUGUC